AUGACGGCUGAGGGGGGCAGCUGGGGCUCCUCCGGCACCGCCAGCACCUCCCCGUCCUGCUCCCCCAACCUGGUGGCCGAAGCUGAGGCCGAAGGCAUGGUGGAGGUCGAAACCAUGGCGGCGCUGCCCACCUGCCUGGAGGAUCCCCCUGCCUUCACCCCGCCAUCUCCUGAGGAGGAUGAAGACGAGGAGGAGGAUGGACCCUUCGCCCCGCCAGAGGAUGAUGAUGAGGAUGAUGAUGGGCAGACGCCGGAGGAGGAUGAGGAGGAAUGGGAGGUGUCGGGGGCCGAGGGGCUGCCCGGCGCGGGCCUGAUCCCGGCAGCGCUGCUGCCCUUCCGCGGCAGCCUGCUCUUCCAGGCCGAGGCGGUGGAGAUCGCCCCGCUGCCCGCCGGCGUGGCCCCCGUGACCCUCUCUGGCGAGGAAGAGGAUGAAGAGGAGGAAGAAGAGGAGGAGGAGGAGGGCGGCGGCAGCACCUCGGCCUCCUUCUUGCACUCGCUGUCCGAGACCUCCAUCACCGAGGGGGUGGACGAGUCCUUCGCCUUCCGCGACGACACCUCCGCUUCCUCCGACUCGGCUGCCUAUGACGGCGAGGAGGACGAGCGGCUCUACGGCACCGAGCGCCACGCCAUGGGGGCCGAGGGGGGGACCCCCGGCACUGCCACCGCUCCCCCCAGCACCGAGGCCUCUGAGGAUGGCGGCAUCGAGCUCCACCUUCAUGCCGGGACGGCCCCGGUUGGCUCUCCCUCACCGGACGGGUCCCCCCGGCACCGCCGUGGCGAGGAACCAGUGAGCGUGGUGGCCGGUGGGGAGGACCUCGGUGCAGAGCAGACGGAGCCGGGGACACGGGAGCGGGAUGGCAGCGAGACUCCUCCGGCACCCUCCGAAGAAGGCAGCAUGGAGCCGGACGGCGAGACCUUCCUCACCUCCUCCUCCUCCUCCUCCUCCUUGGAGCUGGAGGAGGCCUCAGCCCUGGAGCCCGAUGUCCCGUGGGAGCCUGACCCUGUCCUGGGGGGGUCUCCCUCACCAGAGCCCCCCGAGCUCCUGGAGGAGACUGCGGCGAUGCCGGGUGUCAAGGAGGAGCCGGCAGCGAAGGAUGAUUCUGGCAUGGCAGCACCGGGAGAGGGGCCUGGCACGGAGCCGGCGGCGAGCAGCAGCAUCCUGCAGCCCCCUGGCCUCUGCUCCGGGGAGCCCGGGGACCCCCAGCCCGAUGGGCCUGGGGGGGACAACGUGGCACCGGGCAACGGGGAGCCCCAGGGCGGCCCUGGGAGUGAUGGCGAUGAUGAUGAUGGUGACAGUGACCGUGAGCUUGGCACCGUGAGAACAGAGAGCACCGAGCCGGUAGCCACUGAUGGCCACGAUGAGCUGGACAUGGUGGCCACUGACCCUGACCUGGUGCAAUCGGUGGUGGCCAGCCCACCAGCCACCGCGGCCACCGACCUGGUGACACCGAGCCCGCCACAUGACGCACCAGACACCACGGCCACUGACCUGGUGCCAUCGGUGACACCCAGCCCACGGGAUGAGCCAGACACUGUGGCCGCCGACGCAGUGCCAUCGGUGACAUCCAGCCCACCGGACAAGCCGGACACUGCGGCCACCAACCUGGUGCCAUCAGUGACACCCAGCCUGCCGGACACUGUGGCCACCGACCUGGUGCCAUCAGUGACACCCAGCCCACCUGGCGAACCGGACACCAUGGCCACUGACCCCAGCCUGGUGCCAUCGGUGACACCCAGCCCACUGGACACUGCAGCCACCGACCUGGUGCCACCAGUGAUGCCCAGCCUGCUGGCCACUGUGGCCACUGACCUGGUGCCAUUGGUGACACCCAGCCCCCCGGACGAGCCGGACACCAUGGCCACUGACCCCAGCCUGGAGCCAUCAGUGACACCCAGCCUGCCGGACACUGUGGCCACCGACCUGGUGCCAUCGGUGACACCCAGCCCACCAGGCGAACCAGACACCAUGGCCACUGACCCCAGCCUGGAGCCAUCACCAUCGGUGACGCCCAGCCCGCCGGACGGCGUCACGGCACCAUCCCCCCCGCCACAGGACGAGUCCCCCUGUGAUGCCGGCGAGGAGCUGGCAGAUGGGGCGGCCUUGGCCGGCGAGUCCCUGGAGCCACCAGUGACCGUGUGUCCCGCGGGGCAGGGCCCGAUGGCACGUCCCCCUGGGGAUGCCAGCGAAGCCCCUGAGGAAUGGGACGCCGCCACCACCGCCUCCGAGGAGUCGUCCCCGGAGCUGCUGGAGACCUCCCGCUCCCGCACCGACUCCAGCUUCUUCACCGCCCCCGAGGACAGCGCGGGAGAGGUGGCCGUCCCCCCCAGGCCCCCAUCUUCCGACGAGGAGGAGGAGGAUGCCGGUCGCUGCCUGGCCCUCUGCCUGCCCGCCUCGCCCCCCGCCAUCCCCCCGUUGAUUUUCACCGCCUCAGAGCAGGAGGUGUACGUGGGGGUCCCCCCGGCCCCCCUCGAACUGCUCCAACCACCCGGUGCCUUUUCGGAGAGCGGGGCGGCCUGGCAGCGCCGGGAGGACCGGCAACGGGUCACCGCCAUGUUACGGGGCUCCUUUGGGGACCUGCCGGCCCCCUGCCUCCUCCCCAGGCCCCCGGAGCCCCCCGAGGUGCCGGCGCAGCUCACCCACUCGCUGGGCACCGGGGAGGAGACCGUCAGCAAGGCGAAGCAGAGCCGGAGCGAGAAGAAGGCCAGGAAGGCCAUGUCCAAGCUGGGGCUGCGGCAGAUCCACGGCGUCACCCGCAUCACCAUCCGCAAGUCCAAGAACAUCCUCUUUGUCAUCACCAAACCCGACGUCUUCAAGAGCCCCGCGUCCGACAUCUACAUCGUCUUCGGGGAAGCCAAGAUCGAGGAUCUGUCGCAGCAAGUGCACAAGGCAGCGGCGGAGAAGUUCAAGGUGCCAAUGGAGCACUCGCCCCUGAUCACGGAGACGGCCCCCACCCUCACCAUCAAGGAGGAGAGCGAGGAAGAGGAGGAGGUGGAUGAGACGGGGCUGGAGGUGAGGGACAUCGAGCUGGUGAUGGCCCAGGCCAACGUCUCGCGCCCCAAAGCCGUGCGGGCGCUUCGGCACAACAACAACGACAUCGUCAACGCCAUCAUGGAGCUGCCCAGGUAG